AUGGCCAAAACAAUGCGCGCAGCCGUCAUGCACGCCCCCGGCGGCCCCGAAGUCCUCCAACUCGAGAACAUCCCCGUCCCCACCCCGACCGCCGGCCGCGUCCUCAUCCGCGUCAAAGCCUGCGGCAUGAACCGCUCCGAACUCUUCACGCGCCAGGGCCACUCCCCCGGCGUCCGGUUCCCCCGCGUGCUCGGCAUCGAAGCCUGCGGGCUCGUGGAAGAGUGUCCCGGUGGGGAAUUCAACAAGGGCCAGAUCGUCGCGACGGCGAUGGGAGGGAUGGGACGGGUGUUCGAUGGCGGGUACGCGGAGUACACGUGUCCGCCUGUCGGGAACGUGGUGGCGAUCGAGACGGAGUUGGACUGGAAGGUGUUGGGGGCCGUGCCGGAGAUGUUGCAGACGGCGUACGGGAGUCUGUUCACGGCGCUGAAGUUGAGGAAGGGGGAGCGGUUGCUGGUGAGAGGGGGCACGAGCAGCGUUGGGCUGGCGGCGGCGGCGAUUGCGAAGAAUCACGGGGCCACGGUCGCCGGGACGACGAGGAAAGCUGGGAGGGAUGGGCUGUUGAAGGGGGAGUGGGUGCGACCAUGUCGUUAUCGAUAA